ACAUGGCGGGAUACGGCUACGGACAGGGCCCACCUGGAGGAUAUGGUCAGCCUGGGUAUGGAGCCCCGCCCCACGGACAGCCUGGAUACGGAGCCCCAGGCGGGUAUGGUCAACCAGGAUAUGGGGCACCCCCUGGCCAGGGUAUGAUCCCCCCUGGGGUAGACCCUCAAGUCUAUCAGUGGUUCAUCGCCGUUGAUGCUGACAGAUCAGGGAAAAUCUCAGCCAUUGAACUGCAACAAGCUCUGACCAAUACGAACUGGUCACAUUUCAACCCUGAAGUCUGUCGUCUUAUGAUAGGAAUGUUUGACCGUGACCAAAGCGGCACAAUAGACCUGUUAGAGUUCCAGUCACUGUGGACGUAUAUACAGCAGUGGAGGGGCGUCUUCCAGCAAUACGACAGGGACAGGUCGGGAGCCAUUGAGGGGGCAGAGCUUCACACAGCCUUAUCACAGAUGGGGUACAACUUGUCGCCUAAUUUCAUCAACCUGGUAGUGUGUAAGUUUGAUGUGCAGGCACGCCGUCAACUUACUCUGGACAACUUCAUCCAGGCGUGCGUCAUGCUCAGAUCCAUCACCGAGACCUUUCGCCAAAAAGACACAGGUGGCAUGGGCACCAUUCAGAUCUCCUAUGAGGACUUCAUGACCAUGGCUAUGUUAAAUAAACCUUAAUUAAUUCUCUUCAGGAAUCGUUUUAGCUUUAGGUAUAACUAAAAACCAGCCUUCAAUAAGUGUCAGGAAGAGAGCAUAAGGCUUUUGAGCCCUUAUGAUUCACUGAAAUAAUCCUUAUUCAACUUCCGCAGAAAUCUUGUGAAAGUCCAGGGAUUUCAGGACCUGUUUUCACUCACAAUACCGUGGCUUUCAUUUGAUUUCUGUGAAAGUCAGAUAGCACCUAGUAAUACAUGUUUCACAAGGUUCUGUCAAUCCAUUUUCUGGUAUAAACUUUUCUUUCAGAAAUGAUGUUGCCUAAGGAAUGUUGCAACAAGAAAAAAAUGUAUUUACAAAGUUUUGAG